GGUGAGUGUAUGUAGUUCACUUCGAAAUUGGGAGGGAAGAGAAGAGAGAUAGAGAAGAAGAGCAUGAGGGAAUGGCAAACCUGUCGAGCCUCCUUCACGAGCUCCGAGAACGCAUAGCUGCCACCUCAGCCACUCCUCCCAACCACGCCGAUGACGACGUUUUGGAUGCCCGAUUCCGCGCCGUCCUCCCUAACCUCCUUCACGCCUACGUCGUUCCAUCUCCCUCUGCCAACGAGAGAGAAGUGACAGCUGUGUUGAAGCUCAUCGCUCACACCGCUAGGAACUUUCCCGGAGUGUUUUACCAUGGAAAGGCAAGCGCAAUUCUUCCUCUGCUCGGCCGCAUCUUGCCUUUCUUCGCAGAACCGGCGUUUCGUUCUCGGCAUAGUGUCAUCUUUGAAACCGUUGGAUCACUUUUAUCUUUACUUCGUACCGGUGCACGGGAUGCGUACCGUCAGUUUUUCAUUGACUCCAUGAUCGUUGUUGAAGAUCUUUUGUAUGUGGCAUCAGUAUGUGCUGACGUUUCGAAUAUUACGGAAUCAACUAAAUUGACUUUAAAGUGUUUUUGUGAGUCCUUCAAUGCAAUUUUGGAUGAUCCUGAUCAUCUUGGAGAUCUCCCGGCAAGUAAUAAACCGAAUGACGGGAUUGGUAUCUUGAUUAACCUUACGGGCAAAAUAAGGUGGCAACCUUUUGCAACAUGGAUGAUAAAGCUUCUUGGUAAAUGCUUAACUGAAGGAACUCUGUAUGUGGAAGGACUCAUUAAUGUGUCAUUUGUUACGGCUGUGUGUUCCAUUCUAUGCUAUGGAGAUGCUGAUGUGCAUAUGGCAUGUUUUGAAUUUGCAUGCGUUGUUGGAUCAGCAAUAAAUUAUGACAUCAUUCCUCAUCAGAAGAUAAUUCAGUCGAUAUCAACUAUAUUAAGGGAGGACAAAGAAGGGCUUCCUGUAUUCAGAAACAUCAUUUAUGAUUCGUCCAUUGGUGGUUGCCUUGAUGCAUUACACUGUAGUUGUCCUGAAGAUGUUGUCAAGCUAACAGCUGCCGAUUUAGUUGAUGUAUUUCCUCAUUCAAUGAGGAGUACCAAAAGCCAGGAGCUUAAGGUUGCAUUGUGCAAUGCAUUUAUGCGGAUUGCGAAAAUGUGCCCCCCUCAUAUCUGGAGGCCAGAGUCUCUCGUUUAUGUCCUUUCUUGUCCAGAACCUUGCUUCUCGUUGAUAGAUUGUUUACAAGUAGCUCUCUCUAUACUUGGUCCUGAUCUUGUUGGAUCGAGAAUUGCAAAUAGUAACUGUCAGAGUAUAUCAGCAUUAACUGAUAAAUCAAUUGAAAAUUCGAGGGUUGGAGAAAAAAGGCCUAUUCAGGAUGUGGAUACUUUCAAGAUUAAACGUCAAAAGGUAGAUAAAGAAAUCAUGAGUUCUGAUUCUAAUUUUCAGGUGGAGCGCAAAUGUACUCAUACAGUUGCUUGUGAAAGAGAAGAUUAUGCAGACUAUAUGCAUCAGUCGCUUCUUUCUUUUGUUGAAAUUUUAAAGUCUCCUGGUGUCAAUCCUGAUUCUUUAAGACCAGAGGUCUCAUUAACAGCUCUUAGCAUGCUUUGCAUUGCCUUCUGUAGAUACCCAGAGACCAAUCUGUCACAAAGCAUCUUUAAUCAGAUGUAUGCAUGGAUACCCUGGGUAUGUCAGCAGGCAAAGCGAGUGAAUUCAGUUGCACUUGAUAUUUCCAUCUACCUGGAAGGAAUUCACAGCAUGUUGCUUUCACAGAGUCCCUUAGCGAAGGGGAGUAUGGAGUUUGAAAAUAAGGAUGUUGAUGCAGACCUUAUGCAUGUCGUAAAGCUUCCAUGGACCCAUUCUCUUGUAAAUAAUACUGGCCCUCAUCAUCUGUGGAAAGCUAAAUGCACCUCUGUUCAAGUUGCAUGCAAACUUGGUCAUAGAACAAGAACUGAAACUCAGCUUGAAGUCUUGGAUUUGAGCCUUAAUGAUGAAUUUGAAGAAGUUAAUAUUGAAGCUAUAAUUUCGAUGCCUGUGAUUGUCAUUUGGUCUGGUUUCAGUGGGCUGUCACCUAUAUUCAGAAGGCUUGAGUUCUUGAAGGGAGAGAGACCUGAGAAGGUUAGGAAUAUUAUUCCCUUUUCCCUUGGUCUUUUGUCAUGCCUUUAUGGAUCUUGUAAUGAUGGAGAUGGCACAAAUAGAAGCCAGUGUAAGUUAGUUUUAAAUAUGAAAAAUGAGAAACAUGGUCGAACAGCAGAUUAUUUACUGCAAGGAUUCUGGUGUUCAAAGUGCAACAGAAGUGUUAGACAAAAUACUGCGGUAUAUUCAAAAGUCAUACGUCCCCCUGAUAUGAACAGCAGAGAAAUGAGUUCAGAUUGUAAUUUUGCCCAUCUGCAGUCUCUAUUUCUUGAACUUCUUUAUGAUGAAUCAGAAGAGGUUCAAGUUGCUUGUGUGAAAAAUAUUUACCGAAUACUUGGACAUGGGGGCAGAGACAAUCUGAUUAAGUCAAGAUUUGAAUGGAUUAAAUGUGUUGAAUAUUUACUCCUUAAUGGAAAGAAUGCUGUAAGAGAUGCAUUCUGCACCCAGAUUAGUUCAUUCCUUGAGGAUUCUGUUUUGAGUUACUUAUUUCUUGAUGAGGACACAUCAAAUAAAAGUAAAGAAGAAGAGUUUUUUAACAUAAUCAAGCAUGCCUUCUCAGAAACUAAAGAUCCUCAAAUCUUUGAGACUCUUUUGGAAUCUACAGCAGAAAUAAUGAUUGCAGUUGACAUUCACAGUCAACUAUUCUUGUUUUCUCUUUUUUUGUUGGUUGAUCAGCUUGAUAAUCCACACAUGACAGUGAGAAUGAAUGCAUCAAGGCUGAUACACAAAGCUUCCUACUUUCAUCUGAAAGGGGGAUUUGAACAAAUCCUUUUGAACGUUGUCCACGUUCGAAAUGAACUAUUUGAUUAUCUGUCUGUGAGGCUGUCUAGCCGUCCAAUUAUGGUCAAAGAGUUUACAGAAUCAGUUCUUGGUAUUGAAACUGAAGAUCUUGUCAAGAAAAUGAUUCCUGUUGUUCUUCCGAAGCUUGUAGUGUCUCAGCAGGAUGAUAAACAAGCACUUGACACCUUAUAUGAACUGGCUAAGUGCUUAAACACUGAUUUGGUGCCUCUUGUAGUUAAUUGGCUACCAAAAGUGCUAGCUUUUGUUCUCCAUCGAGCAGAUGUGCGAGAGUUAGCUGUUGCUUUGCAAUUUUACCAUACGCAGACUGGUUCUGACAAACAAGAGAUCUUCGCUGCUGCAUUACCGGCCCUUUUAGAUGAACUCAUAUGUUUUUUAGAUGGAGGUGAUUCAGAUGAGAUAAACAGAAGGUUAGCAAGAGUUCCUGAGAUGAUAAAAGAGGUUGCGAGAGUUCUAACCGGUGGUGAAGAUCUUCCCAGCUUUUUGAGGAAUCAUUUUGUUGGCCUUCUUAACAGUAUUGAUAGAAAGAUGCUCCAUGCAGAAGACUUUUCACUGCAGAAACAAGCCUUACAACGCAUUGAGAUGCUAAUUAAAAUGAUGGGUUCUCACCUUAAUACUUAUGUGCCUAAACUGAUGGUUCUUCUCAUGCAUGCUAUUGGUAAAGAAGCCCUCCAGAGUGAGGGCCUGUCUGUGCUGCAUUUUUUCAUUGUGCAGCUGGUGAAAGUAUCACCAGCUAGCACUAAGCAUGUAAUUUCUCAAGUUUUUGCUGCUCUUAUUCCCUUUUUAGAGAGAGAUGAAGAAAAUCCCAUACAUCUGGAUAAAGUGGUUAAAAUUUUGGAAGAACUUGUGCUGAAUAACAGGGUCAUUCUAAAGCAGAAUGUACACGAGUUCCCUCCGUUGCCCAGUAUUCCAGCUCUAAUUGAAGUGAAAAAAGCUAUACAAGAAGCCCGAGGGUCAAUGACAUUGAAGGAUCGAUUGCGUGAUGUUGUUGAUGGUUUGAAUCAUGAGAGCUUAAAUGUCAGAUAUAUGGUGUUGUGUGAGUUGAGCAAGUUGCUGAGCCUGAAACAAGAAGAGGUUACAGCUCUGAUAACUGCUGAAAGUGGUACAGAUAUGGAUAUUUUGAGUUCUUUAAUCACAUCCUUGCUAAGAGGAUGUGCAGAAGAAUCAAGGACUGCAGUUGGACAGCGGCUGAAGUUGGUAUGUGCUGAUUGCCUUGGGGCCCUGGGUGCCGUUGACCCUGCUAAAGUGCAGGGCUUUUCAUGUCAACGUUUUAAAAUUGAAUGCUCUGAUGAUGACCUUAUCUAUGAGUUAAUCCACAAGCACCUUGCAAGGGCUUUUAGAGCUGCACCUGACACUAUAAUUCAAGACUCAGCUGCAUUGGCUAUACAGGAACUGCUAAAGAUUGCAGGCUGUGAGGCCUCAUUAGAUGAGAAUGCUGCUGCAUCUACAUCAGGGACUCCAAAGGACAAAGAGCCUCUGAAUGUUGAUGCAUCUGGGAUUAUGGGUAUUGAUGGUAGCAGUAAGAUGAAUAGAAGGGGUCAGAUAUUAUGGGACCGCUUCUCCAAUUAUGUUAAAGAGAUAAUUGCCCCUUGCUUAACCUCUAGAUUUCAACUUCCAAGUGUUGCUGAUUCUUCAUUUGCUGGCCCAAUUUACAGGCCAUCUAUGUCAUUCAGAAGAUGGAUAUUCUACUGGAUAAGAAAGCUGACUGCACAUGCCACUGGUUCUCGUGGCAGCAUUUUCAAUGCGUGUCGAGGUAUCGUUCGUCAUGAUAUGCAAACAGCAAUAUAUUUGCUUCCAUAUUUAGUUCUUAAUGCUGUCUGUCACGGCACAGAGGAGGCACGCCAUGGCAUAACAGAAGAAAUCCUAUGUGUUCUUGAUAUUGCAGCAUCUGAUAACAGUGGGGAUGCAGUUCAUGGAGUUAAUGGUGGGAAAAAUGAAGUAUGCAUUCAAGCUGUGUUCACUCUCCUUGAUAAUCUUGGUCAAUGGGUGGAUGAUAUUAAACAAGAAUUAGCUCUUUCCCAGUCUUUUCAAUCAAUGGCAUCUAAGCAACAAGCAUCCAAGACAAAGGAUAAAAUUCAAAACUCUUUGAAAAAUCAAGAUCAUCUCCUCGUACAGUGUACAUAUGUUUCAAAACUGUUGUCUGCAAUUCCUAAGGUGUCUCUUGCCAGGGCCUCCUUCAGGUGUCAGGCUUAUGCAAGGUCUUUAAUGUACUAUGAGUCAUACGUGAGGGGAAAAUCAGGUUCUUUUAACCCUGCAUCUGAGAGAAGUGGCAUCUUUGAUGAUGAAGAUGUUUCAUAUCUAAUGGAAAUAUACAGCUCUCUAGAUGAGCCUGAUGGUCUUUCUGGCUUUGCAUGUUUACGGAAAUCUAUGAGAUUACAAUUACAGGACCAGCUCUUAAUUAAUAAAAAGGCUGGAAACUGGGCAGAGGCUUUAACUUCUUGUGAACAAGCUUUGCAGAUGGAACCAACAUCAGUUCAAAGGCACUCCGAUGUCCUUAACUGUUUAUUAAACAUGUGUCACCUUCAAGCCAUGGUUACUCAUGUGGAUGGCUUAAUUUCUAGGAUUCCCCAGUACAAGAAAACAUGGUGCAUGCAAGGUGUACAAGCAGCAUGGAGGCUGGGCAGGUGGGAUUUGAUGGAUGAGUAUCUUAGUGGGGCUGAUGAAGAAGGUCUACUUUGUAGCAGUUCUGAAAGUAAUGCCUCAUUUGAUAUGGAUGUUGCAAAGAUUCUCCAGGCACUGAUGAAGAAGGAUCAGUUCUCAGUUGAUGAAAGAAUUGCCCUCUCGAAGCAAGCGCUCAUUGCUCCUCUUGCUGCUGCAGGCAUGGAUUCUUAUGUACGCGCUUAUCCAUUUGUUGUAAAACUUCACCUGCUACGAGAGCUUGAGGACUUUCACACUCUUCUUACUGAUGACUCUUUCUUGGAGAAAUCAUUUCAAUUGGGCGAUCAUGGAUUCUCCCAAGUGAUGGAGAAUUGGGAAAACCGUCUCAGGUUUACACAGCCAUCAAUCUGGGCAAGAGAGCCACUUUUGGCCUUCCGCAGACUGGUUUUUGCCUCCAGUGCUCUUGGCGCUCAAGUUGGGAACUGCUGGCUUCAAUAUGCAAAGCUCUGUCGCAUGGCCGGUCAUUAUGAGACAGCAAACCAGGCGAUUCUAGAAGCCCAAGCUACAGAUGCACCUAAUGUUCACAUGGAGAAGGCUAAACUUCUGUGGAGCACCCGGCGAUCUGAUGGUGCCAUUGCACAGUUGCAACAGUCUCUCCUGAACAUGCCUGUAGAGAUUGUAGGCUCCUCUGCAAUUUCAUCAAUUACUAGUCUUUCACUGGUUCCACUGAACCUGCCGCCUUUAGUUUGUGAUACUCAAUCUUUGAAUGAGAAUCGAGAUAUUGCAAAGACCCUUCUUCUCUAUUCUAGGUGGAUCCAUUACACUGGGCAGAAGCAGAAAGAAGAUGUGCUGAGUCUGUAUUCAAGGGUGAGGGAACUGCAGCCCAAGUGGGAGAAAGGAUAUUUCUACAUGGCUAAGUAUUGUGAGGAAGUUCUUGCCGAUGCCAGGAAACGUCAGGAAGAAAACAUUGAACUUGGUCCAGGGAAAAUGCCGACAAGUAGUGAUAUUGUUGGUUCUUCAAAUUUAAAGACUGAGAAGCUUUGGUGGUCAUAUGUGCCUGAUGUACUGUUAUUCUAUGCGAAGGGGCUUCACAGGGGCCACAAGAAUCUCUUUCAAGCACUUCCAAGGUUGUUAACCUUAUGGUUUGACUUCGGCAGUAUGUAUCUAACAAGUGGCACAUCAUCCGAUAAAGAUUUGAAAAGUGUCCAUAUGAAGGUAAUGAGUAUAAUGCGAGGAUGUUUGAAGGAUUUGCCAACAUACCAGUGGUUAACAGUACUGCCACAAUUGGUUUCCAGAAUUUGCCACCAGAACGAGGAAGUUGUUCGAUUGGUCAAAAACAUCAUUACAUCAGUUCUUCGGAAAUACCCACAACAAGCUCUGUGGAUUAUGGCUGCAGUUUCAAAAUCUACUGUUCCUUCAAGGCGGGAGGCAGCUGCAGAAAUCCUACAUGCUGCACGAAAAGAGUUCAGCCAAGGAAAUACUGGCAGCAAUCUGUUUGUGCAGUUUGCAAGUCUGAUUGAUCACUUAAUUAAGUUGUGCUUCCAUGCUGGUCAGCCAAGGGCAAAAACAAUUAAUAUCUCAACUGAAUUUAGUGCCUUAAAGAGGAUGAUGCCACUGGGAAUUAUCAUGCCAAUUCAGCAAUCUCUAACUGUUAGCCUACCAACAUACGAUGGGAAGCUCACUGACUCACUUAGAUCUGAUAUCUUUUCUGCGACUGAUCUUCCUACAAUAUCAGGAAUCAGUGAUGAGGCCGAGAUUCUUUCAUCCCUUCAACGACCUAAAAAAAUUGUUCUAAUGGGCAGUGACGGCAUUGAACGUCCAUUCCUCUGCAAACCCAAGGAUGACCUCAGGAAAGAUGCCCGCAUGAUGGAGUUCACUGCAAUGAUAAACCGUUUGUUGUCUAAAUACCCAGAAAGCCGUCGAAGGAAACUCUACAUUCGCACUUUUGCAGUAAUUCCUUUGACAGAGGACUGUGGCAUGGUAGAAUGGGUGUCCCACACUCGUGGACUUCGGCAUAUACUUCAAGACAUAUAUAUAAACUGUGGAAAAUUUGAUAGGCAAAAGACAAAUCCUCAGAUCAAACGAAUUUAUGAUCAAUGCCAUGGUAAAAUGCCAGAAGAUGAGAUGUUGAAGGAAAAAAUUCUUCCAAUGUUCCCUCCAGUGUUUCAUAAAUGGUUCUUAACCACUUUUUCUGAGCCAGCUGCUUGGUUUAGGGCUCGGAUUGCUUAUGCACACACUACUGCAGUUUGGUCCAUGGUUGGGCAUAUUGUGGGGUUGGGUGAUCGACAUGGUGAAAACAUUCUUUUUGAUUCUACAACAGGUGACUGUGUUCAUGUUGAUUUCAGUUGCUUAUUUGAUAAAGGCUUGCAGUUAGAGAAGCCUGAGCUGGUGCCUUUCAGGUUGACUCAGAAUAUGAUUGAUGGCUUGGGCAUCACUGGUUAUGAGGGAAUCUUUUUGAGGGUCUGUGAAAUCACACUUUCAGUACUGAGGAUGCAUAAGGAGACUCUGAUGAGUGUUCUUGAAACUUUCAUCCAUGAUCCUCUGGUGGAAUGGACAAAAUCUCACAAAUUAAGUGGAGUAGAAGUUCAGAAUCCACAUGCUCAGCGAGCAAUCAGUAACAUUGAGGCAAGGUUGCAAGGAGUAGUUGUUGGUGUCGGAGCAGCACCAUCUUUGCCUCUGGCCGUAGAAGGUCAGGCUCGUCGAUUAAUAGCUGAAGCAGUCUCCCACAAAAAUCUUGGAAGGAUGUAUAUCUGGUGGAUGCCUUGGUUCUGAAGUUAAAUUGAUCAAGGGUUCUCCUGUUCUAGAGUUGAAUCAACAAAGUCUUUGUGGGCUCGAGGAUUUUCUUAAGCAGCCUCACAAAAUAUCUUAGGAAUAGGCUUCGAAGGUUCGCUAUGAAAGAGUCCUGUAGUGUAUAUUUUGUUCAGGUGUUCUUUAUUGGGAAUGAAGCUUUUAGGUGACAAUCCUUGACUGAUUCUGCGGGGACUGAGAAAGCUGUGCCGGGAUACGAGUUUUGACAUGUACUAGAGGAAUCUGAGUGGCCGGGCUUAACUUGACAACCCCAGACUGAUUGAAAUUCGCAAGAUUCGACAGACUUGUGCUUGAGUGGUAUUUUCCUUCUGGUUGAGGAGAUCAUCACAAGAGACCUCAGGUUGUACACUGGUUGUGCUCUGUAUAUAAACAGGUUGUAUCAUCCCUCGGUGUGGCUGUUUGUGCGCCUAAUAACCAUAUGGGAUGCUCCUAGGGUUAGGAUUCAAAGAGAAAAAUUGCAUUCGCUGUAUAUGUGAUGUCUGUCAGGAGAUAUUAAGGUUAAUUUUGUAUGCUUCAUCCCUUCAAUAUUCCAUUGUAUAUACUUACACAUGAGACUUGUACCUGUAUUACUAUCACCUCCUUUAACGCCAUUAUUGAAUGAAGCUGGAAGCCAGUACGCUAUCCAAUUUUUGUA